AUGGGUUAUAUGAAUUUAUUAGUGAACCAAAUGUCUAAAGAUUGUGAGAAGACAUUGAAGAAACUCAUGGCUGCUGGAUCUCCAUCUCUAUGGUUCAUAGCCUUCUGCUUCUCUGCCAUCUUCUUUGGCCUCUUAGAUACAGCUCAAGCUCAAAAUCAAACAGCAAAUGCUACUACAGAUCCUUCUGAAGUAACAUGGUUGGUUGCAGCAAGGGCCUUGAAUUCUAUCUUUCAAAAAUGGAGCCUUCCUGCACCAACCGAAUGGAACAUAAGUGGAGAACUAUGCAGUGGAGUCGCCCUUGACAAAACCACCAUUGACAACCAAAAUUAUAACCCUGUUAUCGUAUGUGACUGCUCUGACAACAAGACUUGCCACAUUACCGGACUGAAAGUUUAUGCAAUUGAUGUUGCUGGUGUAAUCCCGGAUGAGCUAUGGAAUUUGACUUUCCUCACCAAUUUGAAUUUGGGUCAAAAUUAUUUGACAGGUUCCCUGUCUGCCUCUAUUGGAAAUCUAAUUCGAAUGCAGUACCUGACCCUUGGCAUUAAUGCAUUAUCAGGGGAGCUUCCAAAGGAACUUGGGAACCUUAUUGAUUUAAGAUCACUGUCUUUUGGGACAAACAACUUCUCUGGCCCUCUGCCAUCUGAGCUUGGGAAUUUAACAAAACUAGAGCAAAUUUACUUUGAUAGCUCCGGAGUUAGUGGUGGGAUACCUUCAACUUUUGCUGCUCUAAAAAACCUGAUAACAGUGUGGGCUUCGGACACAGAACUCUCAGGCAGCAUACCUGAUUUCAUAGGGAAUUGGUCAAGCCUUACUACUUUGAGGUUUGAAGGAAACUCUUUUCAAGGUCCCAUACCAUCAACAUUUUCCAAUUUAGUCAAUUUGACUGACUUGAGAAUAAGUGAUUUAUCCAAUGGGAAUGGGAGCACUUCGCUGGAUUUUAUUAGAAAUAUGAAGUCUCUAACCAUCUUAAUCCUGAGGAAUAACAAUAUCUCUGGUUCUAUUCCAACUAAUAUUGGAGAAUACAGAAGUUUGUUGCAAUUGGAUUUAAGCUUCAAUAAUUUAACCGGUGGACUUCCACAAUCACUCUUCAAUUUGAGUUCACUCUCUUUCUUGUUUCUUGGAAAUAAUAAAUUAACUGGUUCCCUGCCUGCACACAAGACUUCAACUCUUCUCAAUGUAGAUUUGUCAUACAAUGAAUUAUCUGGCAGCUUUCCCUCUUGGAUCAGCGAACAAGACUUGCAAGUUAAUUUAGUUGCCAACAACUUCACAAUAGACGGUUCAAACAGCAGUGUUCUACCUUCUGGACUGAGAUGUCUUCAACGGAAUUUCCCUUGCAAUCGAGGAUCUCCAAUCUAUUCAGAUUUUGCAAUUAAAUGUGGUGGUCAACAGAUCACUGCUUCUAAUCAAGUUGUGUAUGAGAGGGAUAAUGCGACUCUUGGUCCGGCCACAUAUAACGUGAUUGGCACAACCAGGUGGGCAGUAAGUAAUGUUGGACGCUUUGCCGAUCAAAGCAACCCUCUGUAUACAAGUUUCACACCAUCCCAAUUCACAAAUACACUGAAUUCCGAGCUGUUUCAGACAGCUCGGAUCUCUGCUGGAUCGCUAAGGUAUUACGGUUUGGGGCUAGAGAAUGGUAAUUAUACUGUGAUCCUCCAGUUUGCAGAGAUGGCUAUCCUAGGUUCUGCAAGUUGGAAGGGUGUUGGGAGACGUGUUUUUGAUAUAUAUAUUCAGGGGAAUCUGGUUGAGCAAAAUUUUGACAUACGAAAAGAGGCAGGUGGCAUUUCUUUACAAGCUGUUGUGAGAAAUUUUACGGCUCAGGUAUCAGAGAACUACCUUGAUAUCCAUUUCUUUUGGGCUGGAAAAGGGACUUGCUGUGUACCUACUCAAGGUACAUAUGGUCCGUCCAUUUCAGCAAUCAGCGCCACCCCAGACUUCAUUCCCACUGUUAGCAAUAACCCUUCAACCACCGGUGGCAAGAAAAAGAACAGGACUGGUUUGAUUGUAGGGAUCGUUGUGGCUGUUGGAGUUGUGAGCUUUCUAUCUGUAUUUGUGGUGUACUAUUUCGUUCAAAGAAGAAAACAGCCAAGCAGCAACGAAGAUGAAGAGCUUCUAGGGAUGGAUGCUAGACCAUACACUUUCAGUUAUGCUGAACUAAGGGCUGCAACAGAAGAUUUUAUUCCUGAUAAUAAGCUUGGAGAGGGAGGAUUUGGACCAGUUUAUAAGGGAACGCUCAAUGAUGGGAGACUGGUUGCUGUGAAACAACUAUCUGUAUCAUCGCACCAAGGAAAGAGUCAGUUUGUAGCAGAGAUUGCUACAAUAUCUGCUGUACAACACCGUAAUCUUGUAAAAUUGUAUGGAUGCUGCAUUGAGGGAGAUAAAAGACUUCUUGUUUAUGAGUAUCUUGAAAACAGGAGUCUUGAUCAAGCAUUAUUUGGAAAGAGAAGUCUGAAUCUCGAUUGGCCAACUCGUUUUGAUAUUUGCUUGGGAGUAGCAAGGGGUCUAGCUUAUCUUCAUGAGGAAUCACGGGUUCGUAUAGUUCAUAGGGAUGUGAAGGCCAGUAAUAUUCUGCUUGACUCUGAUCUCAAUCCCAAAAUUUCAGAUUUUGGUUUGGCCAAACUUUAUGAUGACAAAAAGACACACAUUAGCACCCGUGUUGCUGGAACAAUUGGAUAUCUUGCACCGGAAUAUGCCAUGCGCGGGCACCUUACUGAAAAGGCUGAUGUGUUUGGCUUUGGCGUUGUAGCUCUAGAAAUUGUUAGCGGAAGGACAAAUUCUGACUCAAGCUUGGAAGAAGAAAAGAUAUAUCUACUUGAAUGGACCUGGAACCUACAUGAGAAGAACCGUGAAACUGAGCUGGUGGAUCCAGAGUUAUCUAAAUUCAGCGAGGAAGAAGUAAAACGGGUGAUUGGCAUAGCUCUUUUGUGCACUCAAACAUCACCAGUGCUGCGCCCAUCCAUGUCACGUGUAAUGGCAAUGCUUUCAGGAGAUAUUGAAGUGACCCCUGUAACUACACGGCCCGGAUACCUGACUGACUGGAAUUUUAAUGAUACAACCAGUUUUAUGAGCAGCGAUACUUCUUCUUCGAUUGCUAUGAAGGAUAGUACCUCAUCAUCAGGCACAAGCAUGAUGGCUUCUGCAGACCGCUCACCCACGGCUGGCACUACACCCAUGCUUCCAGAGGUCAUCACAGAGUGAUGGAGAAUUGUUUGUGUGUUAAAAAGGAAAAAAGAAGAAGAAGAAGAAAAUAAAAGAUAUAUAUAUGUGUGUGUGUGUGUGUACAGAGAAGGUUGAAGUUUUGUUUUGGAUUUUGAUCAUUGUUAAUAUGCAAUGAGUGAUUUAAAUGAUAAUGAUAGCUGUUGGGUAAUUCUCAUUAUGCUGCCACUGAAUCAAAUUGUUCUAUCAGAUUCCAAAAUGUAGUGUGAAUCCAACCCGCCAGUCCUUAUAUUUGUUUAAGAAACCUAGGGUACCAGAUUUUUAUUUUUAUUUAUUAUUAUUAUUAGGCCCAUAAUACCUUGAAAUAAUGACAAAGUUACAGCAGCACUAGUAUCAACAUUGCUACAAACUUUAUUGAAUUUUCUUUUCCUAAUAUUUUAGUGAUGUGUUUUUUUUUUUUUUUGGCGCUAAAUAAUGUUAUCAAUAAAGACAUGGUAUUUAACGACUUUUGUGACUUUGAACAUUUGUUAUACUUUAAUGUAAUAUCUAGUUUUUUAUUUUUCAUAUUCUAUAGUUCCCACCAAAAAAACACAUCCAGAUUUGUUUG